GGCUUCCCUGGGUUUCGCUGACGUCCCCAUCGCUUCACUGAAGAUGGACACACUGGAGUCGGAGUUGACUUGCCCAAUCUGUCUGGAGCUUUUCGAGGAUCCUCUACUGCUGCCCUGCGCCCACAGCCUGUGCUUCAACUGCGCCCACCGUAUUCUGGUGUCCCACUGUCCCUCGUUCGACGAGUCCAGCAAACCGUUCUCUGCGUUCCAGUGUCCCACCUGUCGCUAUGUCAUCACCCUCGACCAGCAGGGUCUAGACGGCCUCAAGCGCAACGUCACUUUGCAGAACAUCAUCGACCGCUUCCAGAAGGCGUCUCUGA